AUGUCAAAAUUCAUGCAUCCCUUCAUUGAAGAUAUCAUCAACGUGGACGGCGACGGCUAUUGUGGUUACCGUGCCGUUGCAUUGGCUCAGAGAGGCAACGAAGAUGAUUUUGAACUGAUACGGUGCAACAUGAGCAGGGAGUUGCGAUUGAAUAAGGAUAUGUAUGUUGCUAUAUUUGGUUGCGAGGAGCGUUACCAAUAUAUCUAUGAUGCACUACUCCCACCCCCGAGGAUGAGACAACGUAAUAGUAUUAGGAAUAGUGUUGCACCGAUGGAUAAAUGGUUCACGUUGCCGGAUAUGGGACAUAUCGUGGCCACCAUAUUGGAUAGAGUAGUUGUUCAGCUCUCCAUACUUCAAAACGGCCCUUGUGAAACUUUUUUCCCAUUGCGUUCCAUUCCGUCACCAAACCCGUCUUCAAGGGUUAUUUGCCUUGGCGCGUUACCGGAUCACUAUGUUUUGGUAAAGCUUAAAGUUGGGUGUCCGAUACCCAAAUCAAACAAAUCGUGGAAGCAAUAUUGUGCUAAACAAAGUUUGGGCUGUGAAGCUUCAUUCACAUCUGCGCAGCAUAAGUUCGAGGAGAUGAUGAGCACCGAGAACGUUGUCACCGUCAAAACAGUUGGUGCAGACAGUAGAGAAACUCCGUUGGUGAUUGACUGA